AGGAGAGCGUUCAUUCUACGGCGCAUUUACUACAGGCUUUAUGGUAACAACAUGGCGACUUACAUGAAAGUAAACACGGACUUGGGCUCUCUUGUGCUUAUUUAAACGCUUCAAGACGAUGACAUCUUGAUUUUGGACAUAUCACAGCUUUAAAAUGAAACUAUCGCGAGUCACAUCUUUUUUAAUUCGGGGGCGUCACGUGUACCGGGCUCCAGGUUCUGUUUCAUGUAAUGAACCGAUCCGAAAUGGAGCUGUCCUCAUUAAACAACACUUCUCUGUGUCUGCAGUCAAAGACAGCACUGCACUUGUGUACAGAAAACACGGGGAGCCCUCACAAGUUGUUCAGUUGGAGUCAUUGGAGAUGCCCCGUGUGGGACCCGAGUGUGUCCUGGUGAAGAUGCUGGCGGCUCCCAUCAACCCCUCGGAUUUAAAUAUGCUUCAAGGAACGUAUGCGCUCUUACCAGAGCUCCCAGCGGUGGGGGGCAAUGAGGGCGUGGGUCAGGUGAUGGAGCUGGGAGAGCGGGUGACCACACUCAAGCUCGGCGACUGGGUGAUUCCUAGAGAUGCUGGCUUAGGUACGUGGAGAACAGCUGCGGUGGUGAACGCUGGUGAUCUCGUGAGUUUACCGAAAGACAUUCCUCUACUGUCGGCUGCCACUUUAGGAGUCAACCCCUGCACGGCGUUUAGGAUGCUCACAGACUUCGAGGAGCUCAAACCAGGAGACACGGUGAUCCAGAACGCGGCUAACAGUGGUGUUGGACAGGCUGUUAUUCAGAUUGCGGCUGCGAAGGGGAUUCGAACCAUCAAUGUCAUCAGAGACAGGCCUGACGUGCAGCAUCUCUCCGACACACUGACGGCACUGGGAGCCACUCACGUCAUUACAGAGGAGAAACUGAGACGGCCAGAGACGAGGGAGCUUUUCCAGUCGUGUCCUCGACCGAAACUGGCUCUGAAUGGAGUUGGAGGAAAGAGCGCCACAGAGCUGUUACGUCUUUUACAAAGUGGAGGGACUAUGGUGACCUACGGUGGGAUGGCCAAACAACCAGUCACUGUCCCAGUGAGUGCACUGAUCUUUAAAGAUGUGAAAAUAAGAGGUUUUUGGGUGACCCAAUGGAAGAGAGAGAACAAACAUGAUGAAGACGCCUUACGAAACAUGCUGGAUGAACUGUGCGUCCUCAUCCGCGCGGGGAAGCUGUCGGCUCCGGCUUGCGCUGAAGUCAGGCUCCAAGACUUCGGAAAAGCCCUUGAGAACGCCAUGAAGCCGUAUGUGUCCACCAAACAAGUGUUUGUCAUGUGAUCCCUCUUGUCACGUUUCCUCAAUUCAAACACACAUACAAUAAAUGUGACAUCAAAGUCCGGUGAGCUUUAUCAGACUUUUACUGUAUACUUAUCUUUUAUGAGCAUAAUAAAGAUUAUCAGUAUGUCAGACACCAGUUUACUUUUAUAAGGAGCACACACUGAUAACCACACAUAAGCUGAAAUAUGAGUGUAUUUGUCAUUUAUUUCAUCUUGAGCAUCUUGUCCGGUUAUGCUUAAACAUGUAAAUCCUCAAAUGUUAAAAAUACACACAAUAAAAUAAUUAUCAAUUAUGACAAUGAAAUAGAGACGCAACAUUUUUUUGUAAUAUUGAUUAGUACAACAGAUUGUUAAUAUGAAGUGUUUGCUAAAACUGAGUGUUCUCUUUGGCUUUUAUUGACAUUACGCAGAUUGAAGCAUUUUAUGUUUUUAACACCAGUAUCUUGUUCACAUUGAAAGUGAUUUUUUUUUUGUUGCUGGAGUGACUAGCUGUGUUUGCAUCCAUGUAUUUGUAUGCCAAAAAAAAAAAAAAAAAAACAUUUAUAUUUUGGAAAGUAAUUGUCAUUCAUCGUUCACAUUACGAAGAAGAAAAAUCAAACAUUUAUCAUUUUUGGCAGUCUUCCAUGCAUAAUAAAAAAAGUUUCUGUUAUAUGUGGGCAUAGACAACUCAUACAAAAUAGUAAAAGAAAAAGUGUUGCAAUAUAAGUUACUGACAGACAGUGUGAACUACAGUCGAUCCUAAAGUCAUCAACUUAGAGAAUCACAAUUGACAAUUCAACAUCUCUUUUCUGAUGACGAGGGCGGGUCAACCUGUCACUCACAUCAUGAGAUCCACCAAUAGCAAACCACAACCAUCCAAUCAAUAAUUCCAUGUGGAUAAAAUCAAGCCCCGCCCACAUUUGUUCUUGAUCCAGAAGUUGUUUAACUCUGACAUACGUCACAAUAGUUUGAUGCAGUGAUAUGUGUUUGUAUAAGCCGACCCCUAAGUUCGCAACACACUGGUUCUGUCACACAAUUUGCUUUUUAAUAAUUACUACAACAAACAAGCUCUGUGAUCAAUAAAAGUUUAUGAUAUUUACAAUUCAAAAAUUAACUCCACACAACACGACAAGCUUUAGUCCCAUUUAGACACUUGAUCACUACUGCUUUUGCCUUUUUAAAAAGUAAAAGCUUUAUAAAAAACACAAGGUGUUACUGAUGUAUUAUAUAUCAUAGAAUAAAAUGUGGAAAUAUCUUGCACUUGUGUCCACCACAAAAAAAAAAAAAAAAGGACAAUUGAAACAAAA